UCCUUCACCUUGGCUACUUGCUUUAACGGCGGGAAAAAAUGUUCUAGGGUAUAAGAAUUUGGAGGGAUUGACAGAGAGAGGAACGAUUCAUUCCUUCACCAGCGAGACCAGAAUUUCAGCGGCCAUUUUCGGGAAAGGAAACGCAAGGCAGAGGACGUUGGCUCCUAUAGCUGAAAGCGCGAGAACGGCCAUGUGUCAGGCAAAUCAAGGCAGCAGCGACAUUGGUUGUGGAAUGGGAUUGAAACCAAACAAGACUCGCCGUAGCUGGACGAGCGUGGAGGAAGAAAUGUUGUUGGCGUCACUCAAAGAACUCGUGGCUCAGGGUUGGAAGGCUGACAACGGGUUUCGAGCAGGGUAUCUCCUUAAGCUGGAAGAGGCUAUGCGCAAAGCAUUUCCCGGUACCGAUCUAAAAGGGACGCCUCAUAUCAAUUCUAAAAUUAGCGCGUGGAAGAAGAACUACAACUCGCUCUCGUUGAUGCUCGAUGUCACUGGUGUUGGUUUUAACGCAAAAGGGAGCUUUAUGGUGGAUUGCGAUAACGAGCAGUGGCGUUGAUUGUAAAGAAGGAUCCUAACGCUUCUCUGAUGCGUUUCAAAAGUUGGCCAUUCCUUGAGGAUUGGAAAGAGGUCUUCGACAAAGAUCGUGCAACGGGUGCUAACGCAGAGGACAUUAUGGAGGCAAUGUACAAAAUGUACCAGGCUGAUGGUCUUUCUGCCGGAGGUGAUAACGUUGAUUCCGGAGGCGUCGCUGGCUCAAAUCAUCACUCUAAUCAAAAAGGAACAGCUACCGAUGAUGCAGUGGACAGCGUUUGUCAAGGCGAUAAGAAGGCCAAACCUGCAAGGAAAUCUUCCAAGAAACGCAAAGCCAACGAAGAGAUGGACGGGGUCUACAAGAUGCUCGGUGAAAUGUGUCGCGAUACCGGUUUGCGUAUAGACAACCUUGCAACUCGAGCCGGAUACGACUUCGACCUUGGCAUGGCACGGCAAACUGUAUUCAAGCAGCUUGGUAACAUUGCUGGACUGACAACGAGCGAGAAGUUCGACAUCUGUGAAAUGUUAGCCGACAAGGCGCAACGCCUUGAGAUAUUCAUCGGGCUGCCGGAUGAAGCAAAGGCUGAGUAUGUUGAACGUCUUCUCCAGUCCCGCAACAAUCAGGAUCGUUUCCCUUAAUCAUGCUUCGGUGUAUAAUGAAUGCCCUUUUUUGUUUUCUUGUUGUAUCCAAACUUUAUUAUAGUAUCCAAGAUCAUGUCUGCUAGAUUGUGGUUAAGUAUUUUGUGUAUAUAUCUUGCGCGUGGUUGCCAAUCGUGAUAGAUCUUGCUGCUUGUCGAACCCCUCCACUUGAAGUUGUGUAAUUAGGUGAUGUUAUCUUUGGCUUAUAUGUUAUGCCAUAAGUUGGAAUCGACAUUAUUAUUGCCGUGUUGUGAUGAAUGAUAUGUCUUUGUGCUUUGAUAUA